UGUUUCUUUUCUCGCAUGGCUGGAGCAAAGGACCUCGCUAAUCCGUGCCCCUGCUGCCGUGCAUGCAGUGCAAUGUGAAGGAGGGAGGUAGGCAGGCAUGCGUCGCUGUCUCUGCCCCCAGCCCUUGUGCCCUCCUGCUGCCUCUCUCUCCCCCCAACUCUUGUGCUCCCCCCUCUCCCUCUGGCUCUGACGCCGCUGCACGAAACCUUUAUGGCUUCAGAGCUCAGCCGCAUUCAAUGGCCAUCGUCCGUGGUACUACUGGCACACCACACCACUGUAGAUAGACAGGGCCAACCCCUCCCUCAACCUCUCCCUCUCUCUCUCUCUGUGGACCAUUUAUUCCCAGCACCACAGCUACAAGGAACCCCUGCCCAUGUGAGCGCGAUCCUUGAUAUAAGUAGCAGGCUAGCGGUACCCUACCCGGCUGCUUCCCUCAUUCAUUCAUCAGUGAGUGCUUAGCUACCACCGAGCUUCAGUCGAGCCGAUCGAGCUGAAUCCCUUCCCCCAUGAAGCUCCUGCUCCUUUACUCCUCGCUUCUGCUUCUCCUUUUGCUAUCCCCCCAGGGCCUAGCCUCUACUCAAGGUAGAGGGCCGAUGCAUUACCAGCUCAAGGAGCCAGCUUCAAAGGUGGUGGAGGGCGCGGAGGCGAUGUCGGCGGUGAGGAUCGGGUCGAGGCCGCCGCGGUGCGAGGGGAGGUGCGCCCUGUGCGGCCGGUGCGAGGCGGUGCAGGUGCCGGUGGCGCCGCGGGACAAGGGGGGGAGCCACUUCCGCCUGUCCGGGGCCUUCGGCGGCGACGACGACGAGGGCUCCACCAACUACAAGCCGCUCAACUGGAAGUGCCGGUGCGCCGACAGGAGGCCGAUCCUCAACCCGUGAUCGACCGAGGCAGCUAGCUGUUUUCUCCUGAAGAAGAUGUUUGAUGAGCUUCCAGCAUCUUUGAUCCAUCCCAUCACAUGGCUACUGUAAGUUGUUGGGAGAAGCCGCAGGUGCAAGGUGUAGCUGUUGGGAGAAGUUUUGGUCAGUUUAGGCAUAGAGUUUAUGAUGAUGAUGCUGAACGAUCCACCACAUACUACUACCAGUAGUUUGGAGCCGGUGUUGCACUAAUUAAUCCAAGGAGCUAGCUAAGGUGUGAUGUUAAGUAGUUCCUGCUGAGUAGUAUAAGUAUAUUGUAUAAACUUUGUGGUGUAAUUAAGGGAGUGAUAUCAUUUUGCAUUGUCGUUUU